AAGUUUUUAAAAUGUUUAUUUAUUUAUUUGAAUUUGUGAUUGAGGCGUGCAUGACACGUACCCCUCUCUCUUUCCUCCUCCGCCUCAUCUCGAGUCUUCAGCAUCGGUCUGCGACUCUCGCGAACCGCGAUGCGGAGCUCUUAACAAACAAAAACACAACUUUUUUUUUUAACUAAUUGAAAACAAUAAUACUCUCCAUAAAAAUGAAAACUUGAGUAACCCUAUUUCAAUCACAGCAUCUUCAGACAAUCACAGCGCCGCUUCUUCUAUUUCAAUCUUCCUACUAUCCUAUUGUUCUCCCAUCUCCCCUCCCUUAGAUAUUACUCUCUCUCGCUUCCUUCGCUACACCCUUCCGCCGCCUAGAGCAGCGCCGCUUGUCCAUAGCCGGCCUUUGCGGCUGCCUUCUGCCUUCAUUUUUCGGUGAAACUCACCAAUUUGCUACCAACUCAGUCCCUUUUCCCCCUUACUCUUGGCCGAUCAGCCAACAGCAGCAGCCGCCAUCCGCCGCGAAUUUCUGCUCGCCGCCCUCCUCUCAGCUCACCUCAACUCAACAAACUCCUCUCAGGCUCAACUCAACAAAUCAAGAAGCGGUUAUUAUAUUUGAUCCCUAAAGUACAGAAGAUGGUUUUGUCGGAGGAGGAAAUUACCCGGCUUUUCAGAAUCCGAAAGACAGUAAUGCAGAUGCUGAAGGAUAGAGGUUACAUGGUGGGAGAUUUUGAGAUUGAAAUGACAAAGUAUCAGUUCAUUCAGAAAUAUGGCGAGAAUAUGAAGAGAGAGGACCUCGUUAUUAAUAAAGGCUUCCGUAACAGCUCUGAACAGUUAUACGUCUUCUUUCCAGAGGAACAGAAAGUUGGUGUUAAGACAAUGAAGACCUACACUAAUCGCAUGAAAGAAGAAGGUGUUCAUCGGGCAAUCUUAGUAGUCCAGCAAAAUUUAACACCAUUUGCACGGACCUGUGUUAGUGAGAUAUCAACUAAAUUUCACUUAGAAGUUUUCCAGGAAGCAGAGUUGUUAGUUAACAUAAAAGAACAUGUUCUAGUUCCCGAGCAUCAGCUGCUUACGGCUGAAGAAAAGAAGACAUUGCUGGAAAGGUACACUGUAAAAGAAACACAGCUCCCUCGUAUCCAGAUAACUGACCCCAUUGCAAGAUACUACGGGCUCAAGCGCGGGCAGGUUGUGAAGAUUAUACGACCAAGUGAAACUGCUGGACGUUAUGUCACCUACCGAUAUGUUGUUUGAAUCAUGGAAAGCUCUGUACUUGCUGAUGUUGUUGGACAAUAAAAGCAGCAGAAGACAAUAGGAGGCGUGAAGCAUUCGCGCAAAACACGACGCCACAACACAACUCUCCAAUGGAGAAAUUUAAGUUAUGUGCUGGUGUCAUUGAACUCUCUAUGAACAUCUUGUGAGUGUAACUUUUAACUUUUUGGAACUUUAUAGUAUAUUCGAUUUGUGAUUGUGAAGACAA